AUGGCGAAUGCUCUUAGUCGAAAGUCCCAGACCUUAUCCAUCACAUCCUUGGUUGUCAGCAAAGAACUUGUUAAAGAAGCUAGAAGGAUGGAUUUAGAGUUAUUGGUAGAGGACGUUACUCUAUCUCUGGCAACCUUAUCUGUGCAAUCAACCUUAGUAGAAAGGAUUCAGUCAGCUCAGGCUUCAGAUGAACGCUUCAAGGAGAUAAUUAAAGCUAUCCAGGGUGACACACAAGGUCGCCUAUGUGUUCCUAAAGAUGAUCAGCUGAGGAAGGAAUUAUUGUCAGAAGCAAAUGAUUAUCCCUAUUCAAUUCACCCAGAAUGGAAGUGGGCAUAUGUCACCAUGGACUUCAUCACUGGACUACCUUGUACACCCAGAGGUGUUGAUGCUCUAUGGGUUAUUGUGGAUAGGUUGACGAAGAUAGCUCAUUUCAUCCCAAUUAAGGUCACCUAUUCUAUAGAUAAGCUGGCCCGCUUGUACAUUGAUAACGUGGUUUGCCUGCAAGGAGUUCCAGUUAGCAUUAUUUUGGAUCGGGAUCCUCGAUUCACAUCCAAGUUUUGGGGCGGAUUUCAGAGAGCUAUGGGUACCCUAUUGAGUUUUAGCACUACCUUCCAUCCACAAACUGACGGACAGUCGAAGAGGACAAUACAAACAUUGGAAGACAUGCUUCGAGCCUGUACCAUUGAUAUACAGGGCUAUUGGGAUGAGCACGUCUCGCUUAUCGAAUUCGCCUACAAUAAUAGUUAUCAACCUACUAUCGGAAUGGCUCCAUUUGAAGCUCAGUAUGGGAGAAGUGUCAUACUCCAUUUGGCUUAUCGGUUGGCACUUCCACCAUCUUUGGAUGGCGUGUACGACGUCUUCCAUGUGUCUAUGUUGCAAAAGUACGUGCAUGAUCCCAGCAAUGUUCUAUCUCAAGAACCACCAAAACUGGCAGCAGAUAUGUCUUAUAAAGAAGUGCCUGAGAAGAUUUUGGACAGCAAGGUGGUGAAUCUCUGCAAUAGACCUAUUCACUAA